CCUUUUCUGUUUAUUAUUAUGAUUUCCUUCACGCCGCCCAUUCUUUUUUUUUGUGCCUCCGCCGCCCAUUUCUAUUCACUAGCUUGUAUGUGUUAGCUUAGCCGCUUAGCAGCUAACUAGGCGCCCGUGCUAGUAGCGUUUAGCUAGCCUCUGCAAGAUGGCUGCGUACACAUCUUCAUCGCGCUUUUCCUUUUCUCCAAGAGACAUUUAACGUUAACCCAAAAAAUGCGGUUUCGCCUACUAUAAGGAUAUUUAAGAAAAAAUGCGCAGGAGCCCACCUGCACGUGACGCGGUGUAUUUCGAGUUACCUUCCUUCAUUUCGCCGGGAAUUCGCGUUUGCUCAGCCGCCGGCGUCCGUCUUAUUUACUUUCUUCUCGUGAUGAAAAGCGUCUUUUGCCGCUAAAAUGGCGGUUCGCGCAGAUUUGAGCGGCUAACGUGCUAACCGGCCGACGUUUCCCCACGCUCUAUGCUUUUCGAAUUUCGACGCGCGUAAACGCUAAUAUUUCCUAUAACGGGGUCUUUUGGUGCAUUUCGGGGAGCAUUUGGCCAAAAACAAACGCGUGGAAGUCGAGCGUGUUUUGGUGACCUAGUUACGUUAGCUGGAGCGAAGCUAUCUGGUACUAGCCGGCUAAUCCAGUUAGCACAGAGCUUGUAACACACGAAUGCUGUUGGAAUCCGAACUAAAAUCAGCGCUGUGCCUGGGAUUUGUGUCUCGCUAGAGAAGUGGACAUGGCUUCUUCGGGGACCUCGGUUCUGCAGCCGCGCUGGAAGAGGGUUUUGGGCUGGUCUGGCCCGGUUCCUCGCCCGAGACACGGACACCGAGCUGUGGCCAUUAAAGAGCUGAUGGUAGUAUUCGGCGGAGGGAACGAAGGCAUUGUGGAUGAACUACACGUCUAUAACACGGCCACCAAUCAGUGGUUUAUUCCUGCUGUCCGGGGUGACAUUCCUCCCGGCUGUGCUGCAUAUGGAUUUGUGUGCGACAGCACCAGACUCCUUGUGUUCGGGGGCAUGGUUGAGUACGGAAAGUACAGCAAUGAUCUUUAUGAACUACAGGCCAGCAGAUGGGAGUGGAAACGUUUGAAGCCCAAAGCCCCCAAGAAUGGCCCACCGCCAUGUCCUCGCCUGGGCCACAGCUUUUCCCUGGUUGGAAACAAAUGCUAUUUGUUUGGUGGAUUGGCAAAUGACAGUGAGGAUCCCAAAAACAAUAUUCCCAGAUACCUGAAUGACCUCUACACUCUCGAGCUUCGCCCGGGGUCUAACGUAGCAGGCUGGGACAUCCCCAUUACAUACGGUGUGCUUCCCCCUCCUCGUGAGAGCCACACUGCUGUUGUCUACACAGAGAAAACGUCCAAAAAGUCUCGUCUCAUCAUCUAUGGCGGCAUGAGUGGCUGCCGUCUUGGAGACCUCUGGACUUUAGACAUAGAUACAUUAACCUGGAACAAACCUGCCAUAAGUGGUGCGGCACCUUUGCCCCGGAGUCUCCACUCUGCCACCACUAUAACCAACAAGAUGUUUGUGUUUGGUGGCUGGGUUCCUCUGGUCAUGGAUGAUGUCAAAGUAGCGACACACGAGAAGGAAUGGAAGUGCACUAACACACUGGCCUGCUUAAAUCUAGACUCAAUGUCUUGGGAGACCAUCUUGAUGGACACGCUCGAGGAUAAUAUCCCAAGGGCCAGAGCUGGACACUGCACUGUGGCUAUAAACAAUAGGCUGUACGCCUGGAGUGGAAGAGACGGCUACCGCAAAGCCUGGAACAACCAAGUUUGCUGCAAAGAUCUGUGGUAUUUGGAAACAGAUCGUCCUCAGCCUCCGUCACGUGUGCAGCUGGUCCGUGCCAACACCAACUCUCUGGAGGUGAGCUGGGGGGCAGUGCCUACUGCUGACACUUACCUGCUGCAGCUGCAGAAAUACGACAUCCCUGCUGCAACAGCUGCCACAUCACCAACGGUCAACCCCACCCUGUCUGUACCCGUCAACUCGCCUAAGAGUCCGGCACCCGCUGCUGCCGCUCCAGCAGCUCAGAGCUUGCCCCUGUCUAGGGUCACAAUGGUGCCACGAGUUCCUUCCCCCACCACCGCCAUACCAAGCAGCCCGCUUGCAGCCUCACCUCGUGGACCAGCUAUUCUUAAAGUGGCAGCGCCUUAUUCUUCCCCCGGGACGUCAGUCGUUACCUUGCGUCAGGCCACUCCAGGAGGAAAAUCCCCAGUCACAGUUACAUCACUUCCUGCAGGUGUCCGCAUGGUUGUCCCUGCACAGAGUACCCAGGGGACGCCAAUUGGCAGCAGCCCUCAGAUGAGUGGCAUGGCUGCUUUGGCUGCAGCUGCAGCUGCCACACAGAAGAUCCCACCCUCUUCCACUGUGCUAAAUGUUCCAGCCGGGGCCACCAUCGUGAAAACCGUCGCUAUGACUCCUGGAUCCACAACUCUGCCAGCUACUGUCAAAGUAGCUUCACCCGUAAUGGUUACUAAUCCUGCGACCCGAAUGCUGAAAACAGCUGCUGCUCAGGUCGGCACUUCCGCCAUCUCUUCUCCUAACACUCCGACUCGGCCGAUCAUCACUGUGCACAAAUCAGGCACGGUAACCGUAGCCCAGCAGGCUCAGGUCGUCACCACCAUGGUCGGAGGAGUCACCAAAACUAUAACCCUUGUUAAGAGCCCCAUUACAAUGGGUGGCAGCGGUUCUCUGAUCUCCAGCCUUGGGAAGGUGAUGUCUGUUGUCCAGACCAAACCAAUACAAACCUCUGCAGUCACGGGGCAGGCUGGAAGCAGUCCUGUCACUCUUAUACAAACAAAGACUCCUCUGCCUGCUGGUACCAUCCUGAAACUGGUUACAUCUGCUGAUGGCAAGCCAACCACAAUCAUUACAACUACACAGGCAGGAGGGACUGGCACCAAACCCACUAUCCUGGGAAUCAGCACAGUCUCUCCAACUACCACCAACAAACCAGGAACCACCAUUAUUAAAACCAUUCCCAUGUCUGCUAUCCAACAAGGAGCAACAGGUCUGACUAGCAGUCCUGGCGUCAAGUCCCCCAUCACAAUUAUCACCACUAAGGUUGUUACUCCUGGCACAGGUGCUCCGGGGAAAUUCAUAACAGCUGUGCCAAAGCUGACAGCAGGUGCAGGACAACAGGGGGUCACACAGGUGGUCCUGAAGGGGGCGCCCGGACAGCCAGGCACUAUCCUGCGCACUGUGCCUAUGAGUGGAGUGCGUCUGGUUUCACCAGGCACUGUCUCUGCUGGAAAACCAACUGUUACCACACUGGUUGUCAAGGGCACCACGGGAGUCACAACUCUGGGUACAGUAACUGGUACUGUAUCGAGUAGCGUUGCAGGGGCCAAUGUGGCAAGUGCUAAUGCCAGCCUGGUGACUCCAGUCACCACACUUGCUUCCAUUGCCACAUUGUCCAGCCAGGUGAUCAAUCCCACAGCUAUCACUGUAUCUGCUGCCCAGACCAACCUCGCCACCGCUACAAUACAAUCGGCAGCCCAACCUACUCAAGUAACCCUGAUCACGACUCCAAGUGGUGCUGAGGCUCAGCCUGCACAGGAUCUUCCUGUCUCCAUCAUGGCCUCUCCCACCUCAGAGCAGCCCUCCACCACUGCUGCUGAUGCUGGUGACUGUGCUGGCGAAGGUGCUACCACCGUGACGCUGGUCUGUUCCAACCCUCCAUGUGAGACCCAUGAGACUGGAACGACCAACACGGCUACAACGGCUUCCGCCAAAAUGGGCACCGAACAGAUUUGUUCCAACCCUCCCUGUGAGACCCAUGAGACUGGAACGACCAACACGGCUACAACGGCUUCUGCCAAAAUUGGCACCAAACAGAUUUGUUCCAACCCUCCCUGUGAGAUGCACGUGACGGGCACCACCAACACUGCAACCACCGCCUCUGUGAACAUGGGCAGGUCACAGCAGGUCUGCACCAACCCACCCUCAGAGACCCAUGAUACGGGCACCACCAACACAGCCACCACUGCCAGCUGCAACAUGGGAUCUAAAGAGAUGGAAACCGUGAACAGCAAGACAACAUCUUCGGCAGCUACAUCUUCAGCUUCUGGUUCAGAACCAGCAACACCCGUCUCAGAGAGCAGUGCUGGACCAGGCACCAUGCGGCCGAAGAAUCUCCGCACAGGUACCACCAACACCUCCACUACUGCCCGCUCCAACAUGGGCUCCGACCUUACGGGAACAGUGCAGAGCUCCAACAAAAGCCAAGCCGCCAUCUCCUCUACGCUGAUGCCUCUUUGCUCCAGCCCUCUCAGUGAAACAAGCGAGACGAGCACCACAAACACUUCAACUGUGUCCAGUGGCGUCCAGCAGGUCUGCUCAAAUUCUCCCUGUGAAACACACGAGACAGGCACGACCAAUACGGCUACGCAGUCAAGCUCCAGUAUGGACAGUGGGCAAACCAACAUUGUGCAGAGGGUGUGUUCCAAUCCGCCCUCUGAAACUCAUGAAACGGGCACUACCAACACGCCUACCCAGGCCUCGUCUUCUAUUGGUGCUGGACAGAACGGCACGGUUCAGAGGGUGUGUUCCAAUCCGCCCUGUGAAACUCAUGAAACAGGCACCACAAACACGCCGACCCAGGCCUCGUCUUCUAUUGGUGCUGGACAGAACGGCACGGUUCAGAGGGUGUGUUCCAAUCCGCCCUGUGAAACUCAUGAAACAGGCACCACAAACACGCCGACCCAGGCCUCGUCUUCUAUUGGUGCUGGACAGAACGGCACGGUUCAGAGGGUGUGUUCCAAUCCGCCCUGUGAAACUCAUGAAACAGGCACCACAAACACGCCGACCCAGGCCUCGUCUUCUAUUGGUGCUGGACAGAACGGCACGGUUCAGAGGGUGUGUUCCAAUCCGCCCUGUGAAACUCAUGAAACAGGCACCACAAACACGCCGACCCAGGCCUCGUCUUCUAUUGGUGCUGGACAGAAUGUCACAGUUCAGAGGGUAUGUUCCAAUCCGCCCUGUGAAACUCAUGAAACAGGCACUACCAACACGCCUACCCAGGCCUCGUCUUCUAUUGGUGCUGGACAGAACGGCACAGUUCAGAGGGUGUGUUCCAAUCCGCCCUGUGAAACUCAUGAAACAGGCACCACAAACACGCCGACCCAGGCCUCGUCUUCUAUUGGUGCUGGACAGAAUGGCACAGUUCAGAGGGUAUGUUCCAGUCCGCCCUGUGAAACUCAUGAGACCGGCACCACCAACACGCCGACCCAGGCCUCGUCUUCUAUUGGUGCUGGACAGAACGGCACAGUUCAGAGGGUGUGUUCCAAUCCGCCCUGUGAAACUCAUGAGACCGGCACAACCAACACAGCCACCACAGCUACAAGCAGCUUAGAAACUGGAGAAGGAACAGCCCAGCAGGCCGGUGAUGGGCAGAGUGACAGUGGCACCAGCUCAGAACCCACAUCAUCUACAGAACCAGCCAAUCCCACAACACAAAGCAGAGCCAUCACCACAGUAACACAGGCCACGCCCACUCCAGGACCAUCAGUACCGGAGAUUUCGUCCAUGGCUGGAUCUGUGGUAGUGGCUGAGGUCCCGGGAGAGGCUGAGGCCAUGGAGCAGACCAGCACUGAGGCCGGAACAGUGGGAGAAGAGCCCAUGCAGACUGAGUGUCAGGGAGAGCUGGGUGAAGAGGGAGCUGUCAGGGUCGUUGCCAUAGAUGAAAGUGCAGGGGGAGAGGAGGGCACCAUGCUACAGGUUCAUGUCGCCAUGGAAGCACAGCCAGGUCAAGGGGAUCAGGCUGAGCAGAUGGAGGCCGGUGUGGAGGGCGCAGAAGCAAUGAGUCUCGCAGCUCAAGACUCAGAAGCCCUCGCUUUGCCCCAGGAGCUGAUGUCUGCAGAAGGACAGCAAACCACCCUCAUGGUGACUGGACUGACCCCAGAGGAGCUUGCUGUGACCGCAGCGGCAGAGGCUGCAGCACAGGCUGCGGCUACAGAAGAAGCACAGGCCCUCGCCAUCCAGGCUGUCCUACAGGCGGCUCAGCAGGCUGUGCUCAGUGCGGGAGACGCAGGUCAAGACGGGCAGCAAUCCACCACCAUCCCUAUAGUUUUGACCCAGCAGGAACUCGCUGCUCUGGUUCAGCAACAGCAGCAGCUCCAGGAGGCGCAGGCGGCCGCAGCCCAGCAGUUAAGCGCUGAAGCAGCCGCAGCUGCUCUGCCCACUGAAGGCUUGGCACCAGCAGACAGCCUCAAUGACCCAGCAUCUGAGAGCAAUGGCCACGAGAUGGGAGCCGUGGCCCGUCUCCUUCCACGUACUUCUGCAGAGACUCUAGCCCCAUCAAGUACUUUUGCACCAUCUCAGCCAAUGGUGGUCACCAGUCCUGCCAAGAUGCAAGCUGCUACUGCUUUAGCUGAGGUGGCCAAUGGGAUUGAAUCAGCAGCUGGGAAGCAAGAAGCUCCUCCAGCCAUUGUAAAGCCACCAGUGAAGAAAGAGAAUCAGUGGUUUGACGUUGGAAUCGUUAAAGUUACAAACAUGGUUGUCACGCACUAUUAUGUGCCAGCAGAUGAUUCAGCGGUUACUGAUGAUGAUUCUGGCGCAAUCCCAGACUACAGCCGAAUGAAGAAGAUUGAGCUUUCUCCAGGCACUGCAUAUAAGUUUCGAGUGGCUGGUAUCAACGCAUGCGGCCGUGGGACGUUCUCUGAGGUUUCUGCUUUCAAGACCUGCUUACCUGGCUUCCCUGGAGCACCUUGUGCCAUCAAAAUCAGCAAGAGCCCCGAUGGUGCUCACCUGACCUGGGAGCCUCCUUCAGUUACGUCAGGGAAGAUCAUUGAGUAUUCGGUUUAUCUGGCCAUCCAGAGCUCACAAACAGUCGAGGCUAAAGCGUCCACUCCGGCUCAGCUUGCUUUUAUGCGGGUAUACUGUGGGCCCAACCCGUCCUGCCUAGUGCAGUCAUCAAGUCUCUCCAAUGCCCACAUCGACUACACCACUAAACCCGCCAUCAUCUUUCGCAUCGCCGCCCGCAACGAUAAAGGAUACGGCCCCGCAACACAAGUCAGGUGGCUACAAGAAACCAGUAAAGAUGGCUCUGCGGCCAAACCUGGUGCAAAAAGGCCGGUCUCGUCCCCUGAUAUGAAAGGCGCUGGUCCAAAGAAGGCCAGACCUGACCAGUGAGAGCUCGCAUGACCCCUGACCCCGCCCUGUUUAUGAGCUGAACCAUGACUGAACUCCACCUCCUGCUGAAAGACCUUCCUGCUUCCACUUCUCACCCCAUUCCAUCAUAUGAAACAAAAUGGAAGGAAACUGCAGCCAAAAAUAGGAAAACGUUAAAAAAAAACGGCAAACCUUUGUUUCCAUUUUUGGGAAAUCCGCUCCCAUCACUGGACAUUUUGGUGCCAUGGACGCCUUAUUACUUAUUAUUAUUACUCCUCAGAAGCACAUGCAUUUGCUUUUCCUGACAAUUUUGUGUAAAGAGAUUCCAACAACAGCGUUCAGUCUAGUUAUAACUGUUAUAUCAGAUACUUUAUUCUUUGUUUUCCUCCCUUGAUAUUCAUUUAUUUUUAAGCUUAUUUCAAUACAAGCAAUAGAUAACAGAAAAAUAACUUUGCGCUCUUGUCAGUUUGUUGAUGUUUUUAUUAUUUGGGCAAGUCUAUAUUUCAACCACGUGCUGAAAGGAGACGGAGAUACGGAGGAGGGAGUGUGGACAGCGAAACGAAGCAGGGAAAUGCAUCGAAAUAAAAUGAAAACGAACAGCACUUGGUGAUGCUUCUGAGGGAAAAGACUGUUAAUUCGGAGAAUCUGUAAUUAUUCAUUCACUUCGAGUUCAGUAGCCUGUUUUGCAUCACUGUGUGUUCAUACAUUUGCUGUGAGGGACAAUUUGUGGACCGCAACGCUGAAGACGAAAAGGACUUCAAUCCAUGUAGAUGGAAAAAAAGCAUACUACUUUUGCAUUGCGUCAACUAGAUCUUGUAUAAAGAGAGAGAAAAAAAUCCUCAAAAUAGUAAAUGGUGAUACAGGAGUUCUUUGUGUGUGCUUUAUUUUUGUAAUUAUUAUUAUUAUUAUUAUUU